AUUGGCAAAUGGUCACUGGAAGGUAAGGUUGCCUGAUUGGCUGAUUGCUUGUAUAACAGUAGUACAUGUUGGACACAAGAGCCAACAGAUGAACAGGCCCAAGUCCCAAGCAAGAUCUUGUUUGUUUCCCAUCAUCAGUGUCAGGUCACGGUCACCACUCACUAGAGUUUCAGUCACUGAAGUCACCAGUCACCACCCACCUCCCACUGCACUCGAGCGGCGAAGCCUAUCUUUUCCCCCCUCCCGCCGUACUACGUUCGUUCCAGCUUGCAAAGCUCUCGCGAGCUGCCAUGGCCGGCGCCGGUGCACCCGCAGCUCCCCAGGCCGCCGACCGCUUCGACGUCAUCGUGGUGGGCGCUGGCAUCAUGGGCAGCUGCACGGCGCACGCGGCGGCGUCCCGGGGCUCCCGCGUCCUGCUGCUGGAGCGCUUCGACCUGCUCCAUCCGCUGGGAUCCUCGCACGGCGACUCCCGCAUCAUCCGCGACGCCUACGAGCAGCCGCGCUACGUCCGCAUGGUGUGCCUCGCCCGCCGCCUCUGGGCCGCCGCCGAGGCCGAGUCGGGCUACCGCGUGCUCACCCCGACGCCGCACCUCUCCAUGGGCCCGCGCUCCAGCGCCUCCCUCGCCGCCGCCCUCGCCAACAUCGGCGCCGAGGAGGUACUGGCCGACGACCUCGGCGGCAGGUGGGGCGGCGCCUUCGCCUUCACCGUCCCGGACCCGUCCGACGAGUGGGUCACCGCGCUCAGCGACCACGGCGGCGUGCUCAGCGCCACCAAGGCCGUGGCCAUGUUCCAGUCGCUCGCCGUCGCGAAAGGCGCCGCGGUCAGGGACAACACCGAGGUCGUCGGCAUCGAAAAGGGACCGGGACCCGAGGGCGGCGUCGUGGUGAGGACCCGCGACGGCCAGGCGUUCCGCGGCGCCAAGUGCGUCGUCACGGUGGGCGCGUGGGCGGCCAAGCUGCUCGGCUCCAUCUCCGGCGGCGUGGACCUCCCCAUCAAGCCGCUGCACACGCUCCACCUCUACUGGCGCGUGAAGCCCGGCCAGGAGCAGAGCCUCUCGGCGAGCGCCGGGUUCCCGACCUUCUCCAGCUACGGCGACCCGCCCGUGUACGGCACGCCGUCGCUGGAGGUCCCGGGGCUCAUCAAGAUCAGCUGCGACGGUGGCCCGCCGUGCGACCCGGACGCGCGCGACUGGCUGGCCGGAGACCCGGAGGUCACGGACCGGGUGGCCAGGUGGAUCCAGGAGGCCAUGCCGGGCCACGUCGACGCCUCCGGCGGGCCGGUCAUCCGGCAGUCGUGCAUGUGCUCCAUGACGCCCGACUUCGACUUCGUCAUGGACUUCCUCGGCGGGGAGCUCGGGCGGGACGUGGUGGUCGGUGUCGGGUUCUCGGGGCAUGGAUUCAAGAUGGGCCCGGCCGUGGGGAAGAUCCUGGCGGAGAUGGCCAUUGAUGGCGACUCCCCGACGGCGGCAGAGGCCGACCUCGACCUCGGCUUCUUCCGGAUCGGCCGCUUCGAUGGGAACCCAGUGGGAAAUGCCAACAAGGAUCAGUAGUGAGCUCCUGCUGCCUAUCCACGGAAUUCUCCUCGACCGUAGUCGUAGUCGUAGAUGCAUUGGAAUUGGAAUAAAAUAAAAAUGGAUGGGAAUGGGAUGAAUUGCACUAGCAUGUAACGGAACUUCUUCGUAGGCCAAAUAUUACUUUGGCAUUGAACAAUGGUGAAACUUCAAACAAAGUUGCUAAACUUGCUAUGAUGAACAGACCAAGUUGCGGUUGCUUGCA